GUCAUUCUGUCAUUCACUCAGUUCCAUUUGUCAAAAUGUUACGAACAAGCUCGCUCCGCUCCGCCAUGUGACGGAAUCAAAUGAAAAUACAGUCCUUUGUGAUAUUUUCUCGGCGUUCUUGUGCUUUACUUGAAUGGGGAAAGUGAUGCUUGCGUACAGUACAUUAGAUUAUUACGACAGAAUUAAUUCUGUUACAAUUUUCGGCUUUAAUAUUUGACACUUGUUUCCACGUGGUUCACGUCACAAUUUGGUCGACGUGUUAAUUUUCUACUUUUAUAAAAGUUCUUGACCGUAAUUAAAAGAAGAAAUGGAGUCGUUAAACAUCUCUAACCUAAACUUGCAUAGCGGGAGAAGCAAUAGCUCCCAAGAAAACGGCGUGAAGUUUGAAAGGACAGAAGAAAAAUUCGAAAGAAAUCACCUCACGGACCAAGAUGAAGAGUACCACUGUGAAUACAAGGAGGAAAUAUGGAAGAGUCUUUUAGAACAAGAAGCUGAAAAGCCAACUAUCCAUCUUCAAUCACCACAGCUGGAGUUUCGUGGAGCCCUAGUACAGCAGCUUCGUGACGUCACAAAGAAGUUGGGCCUCAGCAUUGCGACCUUGCAUUCAGCGGUGGCUCAGUUGGACUUGUUCAUGGACGCUCACAGACUCAGGGCCGAUCGACUUACGCACGUCGCUUUGGCCUGCUUAAGUUUAGCAGCAAAAAGCGAAGAAAAUCUCAGUCGAGCGCCCACAUUGAAGACUUUGUCGAAAAUUAGCCGAGUACAUUUGUGUGGGAAGACGUUCAGGCAGUUGGAAUGGAUGGUCGGCCAACACGUACGUUGGCGCCUGUUGUCACCAACGCCGGUGUCGUAUGCAGCACUGUUGGCCCAAUAUGUGGUCACCGACAGCGACCUUACAACCCGACAUCCCAAGUUUGUCAGACGAUUCAAGCGAGAUGGAGCUAAAGCAUUAGAAGCCUAUUUAGACUUGACACUUUCCGACGUCCGGCUGAAGGUGGUGGAGUGCGUGGACGUGGGGUGCGCGUGCGUGGCGUGCGCGCGCGCGGAGCUGGGGCUGGUGGCGUGGCCCGCCUGGCUGGCCGCGCUCGCCGGACGGCAGCCCGCCGCCGUCGCGCCCAUCGCGCGCCUGCUGCAGAGGAUGAUGCAGAUUUUGAAAUCUCGUGAGACGUCUGUGGAAUCGGAAGUGGAUCAAGGCUACAGCAGCGCGCGGACGUCGCCCAACCAGACGCCGCAGACGUCGCCGACGCUGCACGUGUCGCCCGCGUCCAGCACGUGCAGCUCGGCGUCGUCGGCGCGCUCCCACUCGCACGUCGACACCUCCUACCGCCAGCGCCCCGUGGAACGACGCCCCGACACCAACUACUCCGUCUUAGACUUGGACGACUCCAACCCCCCUCAAAGUGUGAACACAGAAAAUUACUACACUCUACCCACUGCCGUCGAUAUGACCGUGCAACGCGUCAACACAUCGGCCGAUUACAGGUAUUGUAGGUCCCGUAGACUUAUUGAUGCUAGUUUAGAAGUUCAACCUUCGACUAGUAUGGCUGUGAAGCGUGGCAUAGACACCAAUGUAGAUAUCGAGAGGAAGAGGUAUAGGCUGGCCUCACAGAUGUCACAGGUUGUUCUAUGAUCAUGUCUAGUCUUUAUUUAAGUCUGUAUUCAUGAGUACCGUUUCAUUUUGUUAUAAUGCCUGCAUUUUUCCUACUAGCAGAGUUUACGACUUGUCAAAAAUGUGUUGUGACAACAAGGACUGUUUUCAAAAUAUUUUAUGUUUCAUUCGAACCGUUACAUGACAAUGUUAUGGCGUACUUGCAUCCAAGUAUUUGGACUUAUGCAAAUUGUAAACAAAGUUUUAAGUCGACUACGACUUUGAUGUAGAAAUGAGUACAAAAAUUAAAAAAAAUAAUUUCGAAUAGUUUAUUUACCUAACAAAUAAAGCAUCUGUCAAUACACAACAUAAAAAGGAGAUAACAUAUAAAAUAAAGAUUUUUUGUAGCAAAUUCAAACAAUCAUGAAUACAGACAACGGACUACACAUACUUUUGAUUUUAUUACUUAUUUAAAUUUUAUUAAUUUUGGGCCUGAAUUAAAUAAGCGAUCAUAAUCCAAAAUCGCUGGAUUCAUUCAAGUUUUUACCAGAAAGGACAGUGCAUUGGUUAAUUUUUUCUAUCAUAAGAACCAACCCAACAGAAAUUCAAGAAUUAGCAAAAUCGGUUCAGCAGUUCUCAGCUUAGCAACACAUUCUACGAUUCAUUUUCAUAUUAUAAGAAACAAUAAAACUGCAAAGAUUUUGUUUUGAGAUUGGUUUAUUCAUUUCGGCCUUUUGUUUACAUGGUUACUCUUUAUUUAUUUAUUGAUAGAGUUAAAAGUAUGUGUAGUCAUUUCAUAGGUUAAUGUACAUAUUCCAAAAUAUGUUGUUUAUAUUGCAUAGUUGAUAAUGAGUAUGCUUAAAUAGUAUACUGCAAGUGGUAAUUAGAUUUUGUAUAUUGACUUGCUAUUAGUUUAGUGGUUCUAGCUUCGAUAACUGGGUAUUAAAAUUAUUUAAAGAAUACAUGUUUAGGUUUAAUAGAAUUUGCUGAUUUUCUGAAGGCAAUAGUAGUAUGAGUUUGCUUUAUGUUAAACGUAAACAAAACGAGAGCGCGUUCGACGGAGUACUGAUUAGCCUGCUCCAAUGAACUAAAGAAUCAGAACGCCGAACGUUUUGGUCUUGUUAAACGUUAAGCAAACGCGUACUAAGCCCUGUGUUUACUAUGUGACUAGCUUUCGAUGUAACCAAUAAUGUGUAACUAAAAAGUGCCUAUUAAAAUGUUUCUCUAGAAUUAACCCAUAUCAGUUAUUAUAAUAUCAAAAUAAUUUUUCGGCAUGCCAAAUUCUACUGUAUUACCCAAAUACUUAAGAUUCAAUAUCGAGCAAACACUUCUCCGAUAUUCCUCUUAAUCUCAUUAUAUGGUGACUUUUAUUACAAAAAUACUAAGGUUUAUUAUUCUGAAGCAAGUCAAACAAUAAUUUCAAAAACCACUUGCAUUAAUUUAUAUUAUCACAUAACUCAGAUAGCAAUAAUAAUUGAGAAGUUUAAUAAUGUUGCUUCGUUAUAUCAAUAUACAUAGUUAUAACUUAUAGAUGUUUAAUAAUAUACUGUUGAAACUUGCUAAUACAUGAACAAAAAUGAUUAAAAUUAUAAGAUGUUAAUCCAAACAUAAUAUGUUAAUAAAACAUAACAAAAGCAAGACAAUUAUCAUUAGAACUAGGAACAAGAUAUUUACCAUGUUAAUUUAUGUCUAUGAGUUCAUCCGUGAUCAUGGCGCUUGCAACAGUGCCGAAAUAUCGGAAACUCAUAGUCAUAAAUAAACAUGGUAAAUAUCCCGUCUCAAGUUCUAAUGAUAGUGUUAGUGACCAUGUCAGUUUAAAAAUUUAUAAAAGCAAGACAAUUAUCAUUUGUAUUGGAAAAUAAAUACUUCGUUUGCGGCGGCUUUAUAAUUAAUCUUUUUAUUCAUAAAAGCGAAAAAAAACUUCUCAAUUAUGGAUAACUUAAGUAGCGAAUAGCUAGUGAGAAAAUGUUCUAUCACCAAAUCUCGAAUUAGCUACUUAAAGCAUAGUUAGCAUUUAAUUUAUGGUGAUUUAGUGUCCAUCGACAUAACAUGGUGGGUCAUUUCAUAACGAUUAGUUUAGUUUAAACUUUUUAGUCGAUUUUCAAUUUGUAAUAAUCAUCUUAUCGAAUAAAGUAGUCGAAUUCAACAAAUCAUACUACAUUUUCAAUGUUUUCUAGUAAGUCUGUUUAUGUAUUCAUAUUUGUUAAGUUGAUUUAUCAUUAAAAUGUCUACUGUUUAUUAGAAAACGGGUAAUCAAUUCGAUGUUUAUAUGAAAAUCAAUAUAACUGGCGAUUGAAUGUUACGUUAAAUAUAUGUAUAUCCUCUAGGCAUUCAAAAUUAUGCUAUAUAACAUUGUUAAUGAGGCGAAAGAGGUAUAUAAGAUUCAUAGCCAUCAGCAGUCCAUUAAUUCUACCUACCCCCAUUGGAGACAGGCGUGAAGUUAUGUAUGUAUAACAUUCCAUACAAACACCAAUUAAUGAAUAAUUUAAAUAUUUAGUAGCACCACCAUGUUAUGUCACGGUAACGAAUAACGACUGCCUUAAUAAUUUAUUGAAACUUAAUGAUCAUCAAAGGAAUGUUUGAUGCUCAUUAUUUCCUUAAUUUAUAAUACAUAGUUAGAAAUUUUGUACACAAUGUUAAAGGUGAAAUUUGGGACGAAUGGUCCGUGUGUGGCGAAGCUGCAUUAAAGCUGAAUCAAGACUGAAUUAAACAGCAGUUUUUGUUGCAAUAACCAGUCAAAUAACUGCUAGAUGUUGUGGUAUGCUUUCUGUAAGUACAAUUGGCAAAGUUGCCGGUCGACCAUCAUUAGACGAGGGAUCUAAAGCUAAAGCCAGGAUUUUCCUUAAGAAGUGUACUACCGUAAACUUUGCCGAUAGUACCUCACAUGCAUACUUGCAUUAAUUUAUAACUUCUCGAAUUGCCGUUGCCAACUUUACCCCCACAAAAAUAUUCGUCUUGUCAACUCAAUUUCACCUUAGGUACCAAUCUAGUAUAAUAUUUUUAAUACUGUAUCCGAAAUAGCAAUUAUUGUAGUAAAUUAUGCUAAUUACAUUGUAAUGCGAGUCAUGUUAUUUUAUAAACUAAGUUAUUUAAAUCGAUUUUGCUGUUUUGGAUGUAGAGCGGUUGUGAUUACAUACAUUUUAAAUUAUUGUUAUAUUAUUGUCCUAAUAUUCUUUUCUGCUUAUAAAUGCUAUUGUAAAUAUGUCACCUGCUUGUUUUUUGAACCGCUACAAAUUGUCACGCUAUAUAGCGUGUUCCUUUAGCUAUUUUAUUAAAAAUGCAAAAUACACUCGGUAACAUUGACCGACCUUAUUAAAAUUAAUACCGCGUUUAAUCCGAAGAAGCCUUAAAAGUUCCCGCUAAAAUAAUUUUAUGGUUACAGUUACAGAUAACUUUUGUAAGCAGAAAGGAGGUUCGUAACGUGUUAUGGAAUAGAAUCUUGUUUUUAAAAACGUUUUAUUGCUCAUUUGUAGUGCGAUGUUUUAAGUUAUUUUUCUUAGGUAUUUUUAUUGAUGAAUUGUGAGAUUCCGUUCCAUGUUCACUUUUUAUGAAAACUGUGUAUGUAUAUGAUAUGACUAAAUAUGUGGUGUAGAAACUAAAGUGACUGUAAUGCCUGUCCACUUAUUUGACUUAAAUUCGUGUUCUAUUGACUUAACAAAUCUUAGCAAUUCAUCACACAUUUGGCUGUAUCACUUUAGUGUAUAAUUUUGUAGAGGGGAGAAGGGAAGUUGAGAGUGAUUGGUAAAUUAGAUUAGGGUUUUUUACUUGAUUGUAAAUAUAGGUAAGGUAGCCAAAGCGAUGUCUAAAGUACUGUCGAAAAUAUACGGCCUAUGAAACACUAUGUAAAUUGCCGAGUACUAAACCAUGUUCUUUCAAAUAAUCCCUUUUCCCUUUAAAAGUUAAUAUGCGGGUUUAUAAAAACUUUUCGUGAUUUAUUUUAUUGAUUAGUUAUGUCAUUGAUUGACUGUUUUUCUUAACUUUCAGUCAGAAGAAGUUGUUCUCUGUUCAUGGAAUCAUUUGUCCAACACAUGGCCUAAAAAUAUAGUUACCAAAACUACUUUAUUGUUGCAUUAUCUAAAUUUAUUUACUGUAUUUAAAUUAUCAUUAUUACACUACAAUUUCUUGUUACUCUCAUAGCUAUGUUUAAUUUUACUCAUAGUUGAUAUUUGUAAACUGAGCUUCCUAAAUAAAUCUGCCUUAAUAUUUUUUUUUAUUUGUCGAUAAUAAUGUCGCAACACUACAGUUCUUUAUUUAACUUUUUUCCUUAACUUUCUGAAUUUUAAGGUUAUCGACAAAUAAAUUAAAAUCUACCCAAGUUACCUAUAAUAAAUUAUAAAUCAGCUUCUAAUAGAAAAUACAAAAAAAUACUGCCAACAUAGAUAUAUUCCCAAUUAAUGUUAAUUAUUUAUGGUAUAUAAAAAUGGCUUAAAAUAUUGUAAAAAUAAGUACAUACUGUUUAUCAAUGUAGCAAUGAAUGAUUGUUCGAAGACUGAAGGAUAUGUAGUAUACAUUGGCAUUGGACUGAACUGAAAUUGAAAAUUAUUUUGUAUGUCAUAAAGAAUUAAGUUAAAGACACAUUAUAAACCUUGAAAUAAAUAUUUUACUUCUAUAA